AUGGGCAAUGAGCACUUCGACUAUGUGGUGCUAAGCCACAUGUGGGGAGAUAAAAAGAAGCAACUCAGACUCCUCGAGCAAAAUUUCUUAGUCUUCCAACGUGAGGUUCCGCAAGCUAAGCUCGACGCUUCUAGUACCUUCAAGGAGGCGAUUCGAAUCACCCGUAUUCUGGGUUAUCGCUACCUCUGGAUCGACUCUCUUUGUAUUAUCCAAGACGUGCCGUCGGAUUGGAAAUACGAGGCCCAUCGCAUGGCAACCGUAUACGGAAACGCAAUCUGCAAUUUAUCUUUCCUCUUUCCCCCAGGUGACGAACCAGAACCACGAUGUGACCCGCGAGCGUGGAUUCCCUGCGUCCUGCGUCCUGCUUCAUCUUCUCGCCCUGGUAUAUACAUGGAGCACGAAACAAAUGUGUACACUAGACUGAGGAACUCCAAUCGGAUACCGCGGGAUUGGCCGCUAUUCGGGCGAGCCUGGACGUUUCAGGAGUAUCUCUUGAGCCCACGGACCUUGCUCAUUGGAAGUCAAAAUCUCAUGUGGCAGUGCUCCCGCGGUUUCUAUGACGAACUUCUUGGCCCCGUUGCCGAACACGUCACGACUGCCGAAAAAGCAAAACUCACCAAGAACAUGGGUAAAUCUCGAUAUUUCCCUAGGAGCAUACAAACGAUCGCAAAAGCAUCUAGUUUAUCAGAACCGAGUGUUCUAGACUUUAUGAUAGAUUGGCAGAACUUGAUCAACGAGUAUCAAGCCCGGAGGCUGACUGUUGCAAAAGAUCGUGUGGUAGCAUUCGCUGGCAUUGCACGAGCGUUCCAGAAUCUCGGGCAGUUGACUUACCUUGCAGGCGCAUGGAAAGAGGUUUUCCCACUCUGUCUCUUAUGGUUUGUCGACAAGAAAACUACUCAUCAGGUUCGGUACGAAGACUCGAUACCGAACGGACCGAUGCCGGAUUCCGCUUAUACGAGGGAGAUUUGGGAGCCAGUCGUACAGCCUGCACCGAGCUGGUCAUGGUUCUCGGUUCCAAUUUACCGGUACUAUAAGCUGUUUUUCGUCAUUGGCGAGAAUGAGGCGGAUAUUUCGUAUGAAAAUGAAUUGAGUGUGCGGUGUAGGGGUAAUCUCAAUCCAUCAAGACUGCAUUUCGAUGACAUUUUCUGGGUGGAAGGAUGCAAGUUCCAGUUUGGUUCUUCGGGGCCGAACUGUUUUCAAGAGACAGGCUUCUAUGAAUUUGCGGACCUGCAGGUUACGCUUGAGAUGCCAGUUCUACCAGUGAAGGUCAAUUGGCCCCAGGAUAUUUAUGAGCAACUGUGGUGGAUCCAAGAUAAUGGCUCGGACGAUGACCGAGAUGUCAAGUGGAUGCUAGCAUUCAACUACUACCCCGACGUUCCUUUCGGUCGCAAAUCGCCACCACGAAAUGCGAUAUAUGCAUUGAUAGCGGAGUACCAGAUCGUCCGAGAAGCAGGCUUUCAGCGCCGUCUUGCCGGCUUGAUGUUGAUUCCCGGUCCGCAACCUGGAACUUGGACAAGAAAUGGCGUGUGGAUGCUCAAAAUUAGGCUCUCGAACGUACUAGUGACCACCGAAAAUAUACCGUCUGUCGCUCAGCGGUGGCGAAACUACGCGAUCAUAUCCUCGAAGUGGCAUACAGAAACUAUAACUCUAGUCUAAAGACUUGGUAAUAAUGUAAGGACUUGUGUCUUUACUUGAUACCACCCGAAACCC